AUGAAAAGUCACAUUGAAAGUCAAUAAACAAAUCCAAUAAGCACAACUAAGAGAUUGCAGGCACACAUGACUUUGGGAGUCUGUGCUGAACCCACUAGCCCUCUCAGCCCCUUUGUUAGACUGUUGGAUUGCCAUAGUUUAUCUAAUGCUGUUCUUCUUUGAUAAGAGAUGAGACAAACACAUUUCCCAUUAGAAAAUAAAGUUCCACAAAACUAACUGAUUUCCUGUCUGCUGUGGAUCCUACUGGCACCCUGCAGUAAACUCGGCCCACUCGUGUGAGUUGUUGGAGCGGGAGAAGGAUGAGGUGCGUGGGGUAUUGGAGGGCGAGCUUCAGACGAUGCAGGAGCAGCACCACACGGAGCUGGCCCAGCUGGAGGAGAGGCUCAGGGUGUUCUACCAGGCCGAGGGGGACAAGAUCCAUCUGACCUACCAGGAGGAGGCAGACCGGUGCAAGGCCUUAAUGGAGCAGCAGGUACAAUAAAGCUACUGGAUGCAUCCCUAAUGGCACCCUAUUCCAUAUAUAGUGCACUACUUUUGACCAGAUCCAUAUGGGCCUUGGUCAAAAGUAGUGCACUAUAAAGGGAAUAGGGUGCCAUUUGGGACACACAGAGACUGAGUGCAUGCCAAUAGGCUAAAAGUGGCUCAGUUCCUCCUUUCUACUGGAGAAGUGAAAGCAGUAUUGCUUUCACCCAGUCUGUUUAUUUCAGAUCAGUAAAAAUGUAGAGAAGGGCUUGAGAGGAUUGAAAUGCACCCACAGUGUCAAGUCAUGUUCCAACUACACAUUACAUGACUGUGUGUAGCCCCCGGUCUCUCAGGGCUCAGUCCUGUGUCUGUCUAUGUGACAGUGAGAUGAUUGUUUAGAGAUUCUUUCAUUCCUGACAUACACAAAGUCCGUCAGGGUCCUCUGCAGUCAUUCUGUUGAGUCAUUCACAGAGCAUACUACUCAGCUAGAUUCAUUUCAAGGAAAAUUGGUCACUGCUGAAAGUAGUCCACAAAUCAGACCUGAGGACAUUGCUUUUCAGUAUACUGUCAGCGUGAAGCUGGUUUCGUCCUGAAGGUUGCUCUACUGAAACGGGGUGCGUCCCAAAUUACACACUAUUCCCUUUGUAGUGCACUACUUUUGACCAGAGCCCAAACUGACUUACUGAAUAGAAUUGAAAUUCUAUUCGCUUGGAAUAAGUGUUUUUGGCUGUCUGCACCGUGUUGGUUUAUUUGAUCUUAAUUAGUUGUAGGCCUAAAGGCUUUUCAUGAUCCAUCCGUUAUCAGUGAUGUGAUGAUUCAUAAUGCACCUGUUAAAGGGAUACUUCAGGAUUAUGGCAAUGAAGCCCUUUAUCUACUUCCCCAGAGUCAGGUGAACUCAUGGAUACCAUUUUUAGGUCUCUGCAUCCAGUAUGAAGGAAGUUGGCGCGUUUCACAAGCCAGUGUUAACGAGCGUUAGCGCAAUGACUGUAAGUCUAUGGUACCUACUAGCAUGCUAGCAGUUACCAUAGACUUCCAGUCAUUGCACUAACCCUAGUUGGCAAUUGCAUUAACCCUAGUUGGCAAGUGCAUUAACCCUAGUUGGCAAUUGCAUUAAUGCUUGUUAGCAACUUCCUUCAAACUGCACGCAGACAUAAAAAUGUUACCCACGAAUUAAUCUGACUCUGGGGAAAUAGAUAAAGUGGUAAUAAGCUUUUUGUACGUUGCUUUUGUUAUUGACCAUAAAUGUUCCUAAAACCAUGUUCCUUCUCUUUUUGAAGAUGGGGGAGUUGAGAGCCAGCCAUGAGGCUGUGAUGUUAGAGCACGAGGCCAGCCACUCUGAACAGAUCCAGGCAGUUAAACAGCAGUGUGAGGACUCUCUAGAAGGUACAUUCAUCCUGUCAUGUACACCGUUGUUUUUUAUAGACCAAAUCUUAAGUUACUGCGAGGUAAAAAUCAGCACAGCACGUGUGUUAAAGUCAUUUAACUUUGAUGAAUCAGAAGUAUUUCUGAUUUUGACUGUCUUGCAUUAUAAUUCUGUUAAACUGUGAUCUCUCUUCAAGAGCUCCGUCAAGCUCAUGAGCGGGAGCUGCAGACAUUGGACAAAAGACUGAAGGAGGCUGAAGUCACUUUAUCUGUAAGCUUCAGCUUCACAUAUCAAAAUAUAUUCCAAUUUAUUUAGUCUCAGGAGAGGUUAGGUGAUAAUGUCCUCAUGAUGUGGUGUUCCUCAGGGCCAGAUUCAGGAGCUCACCGAGGAGAACACGACCCUGAACCACAGGAUAAAGACAGAGGAGGACCAGAGGAGGGAGCUGGCUGAGAGAAAUCAGGUACUGCCAACACGCAACACCCCUCACAUUCACUCUCAUCUUACAGCCCACUCCAAUAACGUUCAGAGGUAAGUGUCAUUGACGCUAAGCAACAGCACUGCCCUAUCUCCCUCCCUCAAUAAUAUAUGCGAUUUAGCAGACACUUUUGUCCAAAGCAACAUAGUCAUGCGUGCACACAUUUUACAUAUGGGUGGUCCCAGGAAUAGAACCCACAAUCCUGGCAUUGCAAGCGCCAUGCUGUACCAACUGAGGCAUACAGGACCUCCAGUGUAUAAUGGUGUUUUCUUCUCUUUCUGUAUUUUUGUCUAUUUCUUAUAGAGUGCACUCCUUCCAACCAGCGCCUCUGGUCAACAGUAGUGCACUAUAAAGUGAAUAGGGUGCCAUUUUUGACACCACCCAAGAGUGCAUUGUUAAAGUUAGGCUGCUGUCGGUCAUAAUCAGUAUUGAUUGGGUGCCCAUUUCCUCGCAGCAUUCUAACAAUGCACAUGAGGGGAUUGCGAUAACGACCUCUGUACUACCCUUCCAGCCACUCUGGUAGGCUAGAAAUAGACUGACAAUAACCACCAGGAUCAGCCCAGUGGUCCACUGCCUGCUUGGGGCUGUGGGAGUCAUGGGGAAUAGUUGAAACACCACACGGUGUAUAGUUUUACAACCUAUAAUGACUUUAAUUCUCUCCUAUGUGGUUGAAAGCAUUGGCCAUGUUUGAGUAAGGCUGUUGUGGUGACCGUAUUACCGUCACACUGGCAGUCAUGAGUCAUGACCGCAGUCAAAUUCCACGUGACUGAGUCACCUCUCCUCUUAUGCACUCUGGACAUGCGUUGGUAGUACCCAACUAGCUAACGACCGUCAGGUCGCUAAUGGCCUGGUACUCAGGGCUCUAUUGUCCCUCUAACCACUCUCACAUCAAUUCAAAUACAAUCAAAAAUCACAUCAAACACUUAUCAAAACAGUUUCAUGCUUUUAAAACUCACCUCGCUGUGAUUGAUCAAUUUAAAGAAAGAUGUUCAACAACAGGUUAAACUGAGUGGAAAACAUGGUUGUUGUGGAUGUUGUUUCAAAGCCUAACACAACGAAAUGGAUAGCACUUUAUAAGGUGAUGAUUAAUUCAAAACAUCCAUAUGCAUAUUAGAGCUUAUGCAUAGGCCUAUAUAUGAGCCCAAGCCCACAAAAAAUAAAACAGAAUUAAAAUUAUUGUGCCGUUAUAUACUGAACAAAAAAAUUAACGCAACAUGUAAAGUGUUGGUCCCAUGUUUACAUGUGGAAUGUGAAACGCAGGCCCAGAUCUUAUUUUGGUCCAGUGUAACACACUGACUGCAUUUCCCACCUCUCUCUCAACAGAAACGCACUAGGCUGUUGCUGUUUCUUAGAAUUAUCUAUACUGAACUACAUGGAACGUGUUGGUUGAAAUGAAAGAUCCCAGAAAUGUUCCAUUCGCACAAAAAGCUUAUUUCUCUAGAAUUUUGUUCACAAAUGUGGUUACAUCCCUGUUAGUGAGCAUUUCUCCUUUGCCAAGAUAAUCCAUCCACCUGACAGGUGUGGCAUAUCAAGAAGCUGAUUAAACAGCAUGAUCAUUACACAGGUGCACCUUGUGCUGGGGACAAUAAAAGGCCACUCUAAAAUGUGCAGUUUUGUCACACAACACAAUGCCACAGAUGUCUCAAGUUUUGAGGGAGCGUGCAAUUGGCAUGCUGACUGCAGGAAUGUCCACCAGAGCUGUUGCCAGAGAAUGUAAUGUUAAUUUCUCUACCAUAAGCCGCCUCCAACGUAAUUUUAGAGAAUUUGGCAGUACGUCCAACCGGCCUCACAACCGCAGACCACAUUUAACCGCGCCAGCCCAGGACCUCCACAACCGGCUUCUUCACCUGUGGGAUCGUUUGAGACCAGCCACCCGGACAGCUGAUGAAACUGAGGAGUAUUUCUGUCUGUAAUAAAGCCCUUUUGUGGUAAAAAAAUUCUGAUUGGCUAGGCCACUCCCUGGGGAGCCAGGCCCACCCAUGUCUGCGCCCCUGCCCAGUCAUGUGAAAUCCAUAGAUGAGGGCCUAAUGAAUUUUUUUCAAUUGACUGACUUCCUAAUAUGAACUGUAACUCAGUCAAAUAGUUGAAAUUGUUGCAUGUUGCGUUUUAUUUUUGUUCAGUAUACCAUACAUAGCCUACUGCAUAUUACCCCCCCCCCCCCCCACAAAAAAAAAAAAGAAUAAUAAUAAAUAGUAAUGGCCUUUGAGUGUGGACUGUAUUAUUAUGCAUACUGGAUGGACUGGUUACCUUAUGCUACUCUCCAACCUUUCUAUCCAUGAGUGUGGGAGAAAACGUAUAGCCCUAGGCGAUACUGUUGGUUCAUUGAUUGUGCAGAAUGGCUUACAGAGUUAGCCUACAAUUACAGUGAAUUUGUAUUUGAUUUUUAAUAGCCUAUAAUAGAGUUUUCUUAUUUUUUAUAUAAUGAAUAGGCUGACACAUCACCUUUUAGCUACAUAAAUCUCACCACUGUGCAUUUACAUCUCUUCCCCUCUCUCCUUCAUUCCUUACUCCAGCGCGCAGAGAGAGGGGCUGUCAAAAGUUUUAAUGAAAAUAUUUAAUAUGUGUAGUUGUGAAAACAUGUUACUAUCGACGAUCCCAAACAGAUUUAACUUGGUUUCUCAAAAUUAAGCACUGGGUAACUGCAUGAACAGGGUUGGAGAGGCCAUGGCAUAUACAGUGGCUUACAGUGAAAGUGUUCACCCCCCUUGGCAUUUUUCCUAUUUUGUUGCCUUACAACCUGGAAUUAAAUUGAUUUUUUGGGGGGUUUGUAUCAUUUGAUUUAUAAAACAUGCCUACCAUUUUGAAGAUGCAAAAUAUUUUUUCUUGUGAAACAAACGAGAAAUAAGACAAAAAAACAGAACUUGAGCAUGCAUAACUAUUCACCCCCCCAAAGCCAAUACUUUGUAGAGCCACCUUUUGCAGCAAUUACAGCUGCAAGUCUCUUGAGGUAUGUCUCUAUAAGCUUGGCACAUCUAGCCACUGGGAUUUUUGCCCAUUCUUCAAGGCAAAACUGCUCCUUCAAGUUGGAUGGUUUCCGCUGGUGUACAGCACUCUUUAAGUCAUACCACAGAUUCUGAAUUGGAUUGAGGUCUGGCCUUUAAAUGUUUCCCCUUAAACCACUCGAGUGUUGCUUUAGCAGUAUGCUUAGGGUCAUUGUCCUGCUGGAAGGUGAACCUCCGUCCCAGUCUCAAAUCUCUGGAAGAAUGAAACAGGUUUCCCUCAAGAAUUUCCCUGUAUUUACCGCCAUCCAUCAUUCCUUCAAAUCUGACCAGUUUCCCAGUCCCUGCCGAUGGAAAAACAUCCCCACAGCAUGAUGCUGCCACCACCAUGCUUCACUGUGGGGAUGGUGUUCUCGGGUGAUGAGAGGUGAUGGGUUUGCGCCAGACAUAGCGUUUUCCUUGAUGGCCAAAAAGCUCAAUUUUAUUCUCAUCUGACCAGAGUACCUUCUUCCAUAUGUUUGGGGAGUCUUCCACAUGGCUUUUGGCGAACACCAAACGUGUUUGCUUAUUUAUUUCUUUAAGCAAUGGCUUUUUUUGGCCACUCUUCCGUAAAGCCCAGCUCUGUGGAGUGUACGGCUUAAAGUGGUCCUAUGGACAGAUACUCCAAUCUCCGCUGUGGAGCUUUGCAGCUCCUUCAGGGUUAUCUUUGGUCUCUUUGUUGCUCUCUCUGAUUAAUGCCCUCAUUGCCUGGUCUGUGAGUUUUGGUGGGCGGCCCUUUCUUGGCAGGUUUAUUGUGGUGCCAUAUUCUUUCAAUGUUUUAAUAAUGGAUUUAAUGGUGCUCCGUGGGAUGUUCAAAGUUUCGGAUAUUUUUUUAUAACCCAACCCUGAUCUGUACUUCUCCACAACUUUGUUCCUGACCUGUUUGGAGAGCUCCUUGGUCUUCAUGGUGCCGCUUGCUUGGUGGUGCCCCUUGCUUAGUGGUGUUGCAUACUCUGGGGCCUUUCAGAACAGGUGUAUAUAUACUGAGAUCAUGUGACACUUAGCUUGCACACAGGUGGACUUUAUUUAACAAGUUAUGUAACUUCUGAAGGUAAUUGGUUGCACCAGAUCUUAUUUAGGGGCUUCAUAGCAUAUGGGUGUCUGAUGGGUGAAAAUAGGAUCACUUGAUGAGAGAACAGCUGUGCAGCAUGAGGCAAGGAACAGAGCGCAAGCUUUUUUUGAAACUUUCUGAAAUCCUGCUCCAGAAUGGGAAAAAUAUCCUUUACAUUUUUUUCAGCUAAGUUGAAUUAUAUUGUUCUUACUAUAAAAUAAUAUAAAAUAAAAAUAAUGGCAUGACUUAUAAGCAUAUCUUGUCAGCUAAAUGAACAAGCCUACAGCCUAUGGCAUGGUGUAUAGCCAGAUAACUUACAGUAGGCCUACUCAUGUUCUGUUCUUCUGAAAUGCAUUUUCUUAAUUUUAAUCAUGUUUCUUUUAGACCUGCCUAAAAUACAUAAUGGAUUUAUUGUAAUGGUGUAUAUUAAAUUGGGCUUACACAGUGGGGUGUUUUUGUCACCUAGGUAUGGUGCCCUCUGUUGAUUAGGUUAUGGAUGUAGGGUUGUAUAACUGUUAUGGGCAGAGGCUAACCUCAUCUGGAAUUAUCACACUCAUUCAGACUAGUCUUAUUCAGACCACCCUCUUGUUGUGCCGUUCCAGAAGGACUCCCUGUAUCUGGAGCAGGAGGUGGAGAGCCUCAAUGUGGUGCUGGAUAUCAAGAACAAACAGCUGCACCAACAGGACCACAAACUGAUGCAGAUGGACACACCUAUAGUUCAGGCAUCAAUUUUAAGACCAUUUUUCUAUCUAGUCUUGAAUGUUUUGGAUGUUUUUGUAGAUGGAGAAAAGUGUUAAAGCUGGACGAAUGCCUUCCAAAAGGUCCAGCAGGAGAAUGAGGAUCUGAAAGCCCGCAUGGACAGACAUGCUGCUCAUUCUCUUUCUCCUCUAUUCUUAAGUCAACCUGGGACUGGGUGUCUAUGGCCUUCUAUGUACAGUGGGGGAAAAAAGUAUUUAGUCAGCCACCAAUUGUGCAAGUUCUCCCACUUAAAAAGAUGAGAGAGGCCUGUAAUUUUCAUCAUAGGUACACGUCAACUAUGACAGACAAAAUGAGAGAAAAAUCCAGAAAAUCACAUUGUAGGAUUUUUAAUGAAUUUAUUUGCAAAUUAUGGUGGAAAAUAAGUAUUUGGUCAAUAACAAAAGUUUCUCAAUACUUUGUUAUAUACCCUUUGUUGGCAAUGACACAGGUCAAACGUUUUCUGUAAGUCUUCACAAGGUUUUCACACACUGUUGCUGGUAUUUUGGCCCAUUCCUCCAUGCAGAUCUCCUCUAGAGCAGUGAUGUUUUGGGGCUGUCGCUGGGCAACACGGACUUUCAACUCCCUCCAAAGAUUUUCUAUGGGGUUGAGAUCUGGAGACUGGCUAGGCCACUCCAGGACCUUGAAAUGCUUCUUACGAAGCCACUCCUUCGUUGCCCGGGCGGUGUGUUUGGGAUCAUUGUCAUGCUGAAAGACCCAGCCACGUUUCAUCUUCAAUGCCCUUGCUGAUGGAAGGAGGUUUUCACUCAAAAUCUCACGAUACAUGGCCCCAUUCAUUCUUUCCUUUACACGGAUCAGUCGUCCUGGUCCGUUUGCAGAAAAACAGCCCCAAAGCAUGAUGUUUCCACCCCCAUGCUUCACAGUAGGUAUGGUGUUCUUUGGAUGCAACUCGGCAUUCUUUGUCCUCCAAACACGACGAGUUGAGUUUUUACCAAAAAGUUAUAUUUUGGUUUCAUCUGACCAUAUGACAUUCUCCCAAUCCUCUUCUGGAUCAUCCAAAUGCAUUCUAGCAAACUUCAGACGGGCCUGGACAUGUACUGGCUUAAGCAGGGGGACACGUCUGGCACUGCAGGAUUUGAGUCCCUGGCGGCGUAGUGUGUUACUGAUGGUAGGCUUUGUUACUUUAUCAGUGAUGUGAUGAUUCAUAAUGCACCUGUUAAAGGGAUACUUUGGGAUUUUGGCAAUGAAGCCCUUUAUCUACUUCCCCAGAGUCAGGUGAACUCAUGGAUACCAUUUUUAGGUCUCUGCAUCCAGUAUGAAGGAAGUUGGCGCGUUUCACAAGCCAGUGUUAACGAGCGUUAGCGCAAUGACUGUAAGUCUAUGGUACCUAUUAGCAUGCUAGCAGUUACCAUAGACUUCCAGUCAUUGCACUAACCCUAGUUGGCAAUUGCAUUAACCCUAGUUGGCAAGUGCAUUAACCCUAGUUGGCAAUUGCAUUAACCCUAGUUAGCAACUUCCUUCAAACUGCACGCAGACAUAAAAAUGUUAUCCACGAAUUAAUCUGACUCUGGGGAAAUAGAUAAAGUGGUAAUAAGCUUUUUGUACGUUGCUUUUGUUAUUGACCAUAAAUGUUCCUAAAACCAUGUUCCUUCUCUUUUUGAAGAUGGGGGAGUUGAGAGCCAGCCAUGAGGCUGUGAUGUUAGAGCACGAGGCCAGCCACUCUGAACAGAUCCAGGCAGUUAAACAGCAGUGUGAGGACUCUCUAGAAGGUACAUUCAUCCUGUCAUGUACACCGUUGUUUUUUAUAGACCAAAUCUUAAGUUACUGCGAGGUAAAAAUCAGCACAGCACGUGUGUUAAAGUCAUUUAACUUUGAUGAAUCAGAAGUAUUUCUGAUUUUGACUGUCUUGCAUUAUAAUUCUGUUAAACUGUGAUCUCUCUUCAAGAGCUCCGUCAAGCUCAUGAGCGGGAGCUGCAGACAUUGGACAAAAGACUGAAGGAGGCUGAAGUCACUUUAUCUGUAAGCUUCAGCUUCACAUAUCAAAAUAUAUUCCAAUUUAUUUAGUCUCAGGAGAGGUUAGGUGAUAAUGUCCUCAUGAUGUGGUGUUCCUCAGGGCCAGAUUCAGGAGCUCACCGAGGAGAACACGACCCUGAACCACAGGAUAAAGACAGAGGAGGACCAGAGGAGGGAGCUGGCUGAGAGAAAUCAGGUACUGCCAACACGCAACACCCCUCACAUUCACUCUCAUCUUACAGCCCACUCCAAUAACGUUCAGAGGUAAGUGUCAUUGACGCUAAGCAACAGCACUGCCCUAUCUCCCUCCCUCAAUAAUAUAUGCGAUUUAGCAGACACUUUUGUCCAAAGCAACAUAGUCAUGCGUGCACACAUUUUACAUAUGGGUGGUCCCAGGAAUAGAACCCACAAUCCUGGCAUUGCAAGCGCCAUGCUGUACCAACUGAGGCAUACAGGACCUCCAGUGUAUAAUGGUGUUUUCUUCUCUUUCUGUAUUUUUGUCUAUUUCUUAUAGAGUGCACUCCUUCCAACCAGCGCCUCUGGUCAACAGUAGUGCACUAUAAAGUGAAUAGGGUGCCAUUUUUGACACCACCCAAGAGUGCAUUGUUAAAGUUAGGCUGCUGUCGGUCAUAAUCAGUAUUGAUUGGGUGCCCAUUUCCUCGCAGCAUUCUAACAAUGCACAUGAGGGGAUUGCGAUAACGACCUCUGUACUACCCUUCCAGCCACUCUGGUAGGCUAGAAAUAGACUGACAAUAACCACCAGGAUCAACCCAGUGGUCCACUGCCUGCUUGGGGCUGUGGGAGUCAUGGGGAAUAGUUGAAACACCACACGGUGUAUAGUUUUACAACCUAUAAUGACUUUAAUUCUCUCCUAUGUGGUUGAAAGCAUUGGCCAUGUUUGAGUAAGGCUGUUGUGGUGACCGUAUUACCGUCACACUGGCAGUCAUGAGUCAUGACCGCAGUCAAAUUCCACGUGACUGAGUCACCUCUCCUCUUAUGCACUCUGGACAUGCGUUGGUAGUACCCAACUAGCUAACGACCGUCAGGUCGCUAAUGGCCUGGUACUCAGGGCUCUAUUGUCCCUCUAACCACUCUCACAUCAAUUCAAAUACAAUCGAAAAUCACAUCAAACACUUAUCAAAACAGUUUCAUGCUUUUAAAACUCACCUCGCUGUGAUUGAUCAAUUUAAAGAAAGAUGUUCAACAACAGGUUAAACUGAGUGGAAAACAUGGUUGUUGUGGAUGUUGUUUCAAAGCCUAACACAACGAAAUGGAUAGCACUUUAUAAGGUGAUGAUUAAUUCAAAACAUCCAUAUGCAUAUUAGAGCUUAUGCAUAGGCCUAUAUAUGAGCCCAAGCCCACAAAAAAUAAAACAGAAUUAAAAUUAUUGUGCCGUUAUAUACUGAACAAAAAAAUUAACGCAACAUGUAAAGUGUUGGUCCCAUGUUUACAUGUGGAAUGUGAAACGCAGGCCCAGAUCUUAUUUUGGUCCAGUGUAACACACUGACUGCAUUUCCCACCUCUCUCUCAACAGAAACGCACUAGGCUGUUGCUGUUUCUUAGAAUUAUCUAUACUGAACUACAUGGAACGUGUUGGUCCCAUGUUUCAUGCGCUGAAAUGAAAGAUCCCAGAAAUAUUCCAUUCGCACAAAAAGCUUAUUUCUCUAGAAUUUUGUUCACAAAUGUGGUUACAUCCCUGUUAGUGAGCAUUUCUCCUUUGCCAAGAUAAUCCAUCCACCUGACAGGUGUGGCAUAUCAAGAAGCUGAUUAAACAGCAUGAUCAUUACACAGGUGCACCUUGUGCUGGGGACAAUAAAAGGCCACUCUAAAAUGUGCAGUUUUGUCACACAACACAAUGCCACAGAUGUCUCAAGUUUUGAGGGAGCGUGCAAUUGGCAUGCUGACUGCAGGAAUGUCCACCAGAGCUGUUGCCAGAGAAUGUAAUGUUAAUUUCUCAACCAUAAGCCGCCUCCAACGUAAUUUUAGAGAAUUUGGCAGUACGUCCAACCGGCCUCACAACCACAGACCACAUUUAACCGCGCCAGCCCAGGACCUCCACAACCGGCUUCUUCACCUGUGGGAUCGUUUGAGACCAGCCACCCGGACAGCUGAUGAAACUGAGGAGUAUUUAUGUCUGUAAUAAAGCCCUUUUGUGGUAAAAAAAUUCUGAUUGGCUAGGCCACUCCCUGGGGAGCCAGGCCCACCCAUGUCUGCGCCCCUGCCCAGUCAUGUGAAAUCCAUAGAUGAGGGCCUAAUGAAUUUUUUUCAAUUGACUGACUUCCUAAUAUGAACUGUAACUCAGUCAAAUAGUUGAAAUUGUUGCAUGUUGCGUUUUAUUUUUGUUCAGUAUACCAUACAUAGCCUACUGCAUAUUACCCCCCCCCCCCCCCCCCCCCCCCCCAAAAAAAGAAUAAUAAUAAAUAGUAAUGGCCUUUGAGUGUGGACUGUAUUAUUAUGCAUACUGGAUGGACUGGUUACCUUAUGCUACUCUCCAACCUUUCUAUCCAUGAGUGUGGGAGAAAACGUAUAGCCCUAGGCGAUACUGUUGGUUCAUUGAUUGUGCAGAAUGGCUUACAGAGUUAGCCUACAAUUACAGUGAAUUUGUAUUUGAUUUUUAAUAGCCUAUAAUAGAGUUUUCUUAUUUUUUAUAUAAUGAAUAGGCUGACACAUCACCUUUUAGCUACAUAAAUCUCACCACUGUGCAUUUACAUCUCUUCCCCUCUCUCCUUCAUUCCUUACUCCAGCGCGCAGAGAGAGGGGCUGUCAAAAGUUUUAAUGAAAAUAUUUAAUAUGUGUAGUUGUGAAAACAUGUUACUAUCGACGAUCCCAAACAGAUUUAACUUGGUUUCUCAAAAUUAAGCACUGGGUAACUGCAUGAACAGGGUUGGAGAGGCCAUGGCAUAUACAGUGGCUUACAGUGAAAGUGUUCACCCCCCUUGGCAUUUUUCCUAUUUUGUUGCCUUACAACCUGGAAUUAAAUUGAUUUUUUGGGGGGUUUGUAUCAUUUGAUUUAUACAACAUGCCUACCAUUUUGAAGAUGCAAAAUAUUUUUUCUUGUGAAACAAACGAGAAAUAAGACAAAAAAACAGAACUUGAGCAUGCAUAACUAUUCACCCCCCCAAAGCCAAUACUUUGUAGAGCCACCUUUUGCAGCAAUUACAGCUGCAAGUCUCUUGAGGUAUGUCUCUAUAAGCUUGGCACAUCUAGCCACUGGGAUUUUUGCCCAUUCUUCAAGGCAAAACUGCUCCUUCAAGUUGGAUGGUUUCCGCUGGUGUACAGCAAUCUUUAAGUCAUACCACAUAUUCUGAAUUGGAUUGAGGUCUGGGCUUUAAAUGUUUCCCCUUAAACCACUCGAGUGUUGCUUUAGCAGUAUGCUUAGGGUCAUUGUCCUGCUGGAAGGUGAACCUCCGUCCCAGUCUCAAAUCUCUGGAAGAAUGAAACAGGUUUCCCUCAAGAAUUUCCCUGUAUUUACCGCCAUCCAUCAUUCCUUCAAUUCUGACCAGUUUCCCAGUCCCUGCCGAUGGAAAAACAUCCCCACAGCAUGAUGCUGCCACCACCAUGCUUCACUGUGGGGAUGGUGUUCUCGGGUGAUGAGAGGUGUUGGGAGUCUGUGAGUUUUGGUGGGCGGCCCUUUCUUGGCAGGUUUAUUGUGGUGCCAUAUUCUUUCAAUGUUUUAAUAAUGGAUUUAAUGGUGCUCCGUGGGAUGUUCAAAGUUUCGGAUAUUUUUUUAUAACCCAACCCUGAUCUGUACUUCUCCACAACUUUGUUCCUGACCUGUUUGGAGAGCUCCUUGGUCUUCAUGGUGCCGCUUGCUUGGUGGUGCCCCUUGCUUAGUGGUGUUGCAUACUCUGGGGCCUUUCAGAACAGGUGUAUAUAUACUGAGAUCAUGUGACACUUAGCUUGCACACAGGUGGACUUUAUUUAACAAGUUAUGUAACUUCUGAAGGUAAUUGGUUGCACCAGAUCUUAUUUAGGGGCUUCAUAGCAUAUGGGUGUCUGAUGGGUGAAAAUAGGAUCACUUGAUGAGAGAACAGCUGUGCAGCAUGAGGCAAGGAACAGAGCGCAAGCUUUUUUUGAAACUUUCUGAAAUCCUGCUCCAGAAUGGGAAAAAUAUCCUUUACAUUUUUUUCAGCUAAGUUGAAUUAUAUUGUUCUUACUAUAAAAUAAUAUAAAAUAAAAAGAAUGGCAUGACUUAUAAGCAUAUCUUGUCAGCUAAAUGAACAAGCCUACAGCCUAUGGCAUGGUGUAUAGCCAGAUAACUUACAGUAGGCCUACUCAUGUUCUGUUCUUCUGAAAUGCAUUUUCUUAAUUUUAAUCAUGUUUCUUUUAGACCUGCCUAAAAUACAUAAUGGAUUUAUUGUAAUGGUGUAUAUUAAAUUGGGCUUACACAGUGGGGUAUUUUUGUCACCUAGGUAUGGUGCCCUCUGUUGAUUAGGUUAUGGAUGUAGGGUUGUAUAACUGUUAUGGGCAGAGGCUAACCUCAUCUGGAAUUAUCACACUCAUUCAGACUAGUCUUAUUCAGACCACCCUCUUGUUGUGCCGUUCCAGAAGGACUCCCUGUAUCUGGAGCAGGAGGUGGAGAGCCUCAAUGUGGUGCUGGAUAUCAAGAACAAACAGCUGCACCAACAGGACCACAAACUGAUGCAGAUGGACACACCUAUAGUUCAGGCAUCAAUUUUAAGACCAUUUUUCUAUCUAGUCUUGAAUGUUUUGGAUGUUUUUGUAGAUGGAGAAAAGCGUUAAAGCUGGACGAAUGCCUUCCAAAUGGUCCAGCAGGAGAAUGAGGAUCUGA